AUGCGUUACAACCUAAUUCAGAUGAUAUUGCGAGGCACCGGGCUGCUGAUGACCCUCCUUCUCACGGCUCUUACCGGCAGCGUUAUCUCGUCAAACAUUGAUGCUGCAGGCUCGGCAACUGCUGCUGUCAACUUUAUCAUGUUUGUUGCAAUCAUCUGUUGGAUCGUCUGUAUCAUCGGUCUCCUCGGUUUCUUCGUCUCCGCUCUCGACAAACCGCUUAUGCAGCUUCCACUUGAUGGCAUCGCUGUUCUCUUCACUUUCAUCGGAGCUAUCGUUCUUGCCGCCAAACUGCGCGUCGUCAACUGUGGGGAGAUCAAUCCAAAAGCUCUGCCAUCAGACUGGAUUGCAUGGGGCUCAGCAAGUGACGAGGGUCGUUGUCGUCGACUGCAAGCAAGCACAACAUUCAUAUGGUUCCUGUUUGCCUGUGUGUCUGGAAGUCUAUUCUUGACUAUCCGAACUGCUCGCAACACGUUUGGUUCUCUCCGCAGUGCCGCUUCAAGGCCAUCCAUGUCUCAAAUCUCGUCCAGUGUCUGA